GGUCCAGGGCGCCCUGGACUAGUCCUUUGGUGUUGCCCCGGCGCGGACACGCGCUUCGUCUUCUGCUCUUCCGGGCGUGGGGACAGGAGGGUCCCGAGGGUCCGCGCAAAUUUGGAGUUCCUGCGAGUCCGGGUCCCCGCAAGUCCCGGGUCCAAGUAGUCCCGGAUCCGAGCCGUCUCGAGGCCGGUGUCCAGUUGCUCCAGCCUCGCCCAGAGCGCACGGGCCAGACGAGCGCGGGGUUCAAGAGGGGAGGGACGCUUUCUGUGGGAAGAUGCGGAAGCCCGACGGGAAGAUCGUGCUUUUGGGGGACAUGAACGUGGGAAAGACGUCGCUGCUGCAGAGGUACAUGGAGCGGCGCUUCGCGGACACGGUCAGCACGGUGGGCGGUGCCUUCUACCUGAAGCAGUGGGGCUCCUACAACAUCUCCAUUUGGGACACCGCAGGGCGGGAGCAGUUCCACGGCCUUGGCUCCAUGUACUGCCGGGGGGCCACCGCCAUCAUCCUCACCUACGAUGUGAACCACCCGCAGACCCUGGUGGAGCUGGAGGACCGAUUUCUAGGCCUGACGGACACGGCCAACACCGACUGCCUCUAUGCCAUCGUGGGGAACAAGGUGGACCUCAGUGAGGAGGGGGCCUCGGAGAACUGGGAGAAGGAAGGGCACAGCUCCGGGCCAGUGGGUGGCGGCUGUGUGUCGCCCAAGGUGUCCAAGCAGGUGCGUCUGGAGGAGGCAGUGGCACUUUAUAAAAAGAUCCUGAAGUACAAGAUGCUGGAUGAGAAGGACAUGCCAGCUGCUGAGCAGAUGUGCUUCGAGACCAGCGCCAAAACGGGCCACAACGUGGACCUGCUGUUCGAAACCUUGUUCGACCUGGUGGUGCCCGUGAUCUUGCGGCACAGAGCCCAGGGGCCGCCGCAGACGGUGGAUAUCUCCCGCUAUAAGCCCCCCGGGCCGGCCAAAUCUGGGUGCUGUGCCUAACUCUCGGGGCCCUCCUGACCCCCCGUUUACACAACUGGCAAGGAAUGUGACCAAGCCAGCUGUGGUCAGGAGCAUAGAAAGUCAAGGAGCUCUUCUGGAGACUUGCACAUGGAGGAGAAGAUCCGAGUGGAAAUGACAGCUAGUUAUUAAGAGAAUUUCAAUGUGAAUUGUUGCCUCUGUCUACAUCGCUGUGUUGGGAGGUGGGGAGCUGCAGGAUUAAGGUUCUUGGAGACUGUGGUCCCCUUGCUGAUUCUUUCCUGACAACCUGGCCUCUGACAGAAGGUUGCCUGGGUGGGUGUCCACCUGUCUAAGUACCUGUAUGACUUUUAUGUUUGUUGUUCUCAGACGUUUCUCUUCACUGUGAUUUAUUUUUGGUCCUUUCAUUUGGAACUUGUAUCUUGAUGCAUCAUAAAGAUUCUCAACAUGUUAAUUUAUACAAAAUCAGGAAUCACUGUUUUUAUAUUGGUUGUAGCAACGUGAACUACACAUAU